AUGCCACUGCAGCAGCAGCAACAGCAGCAGCAUCAAACACCAUUGUCAACAAAUAAUAACAACAAUAAUAAUUUACAUCAUCAUCAUGAAGAACAUAAGUUCUUGGUGAACAAUGAGAAUGAGGUUGUUGUUGAUAUUGGACCACAGUCAGCGUUGUCAAUGUUCAAGGAACAGUUGUCGCCCAGACCACUCUCCCCUCGACUGUCACCAACGAUCACAGCCUCCACUAUUAGCUCGCUGGAGCAUUCCGCCGCGUCAAUGUCACCAAUGCGCUCAUCACCCUACAAGUCACCAAUGAGAGUGCCAACACUGCCCAACGUCUCGCUCGGCAACACACCCAAUCAUAACCACAAUCACAAUAUCCACUCGAUGCAUGGUCAUAGCCACAGCAGUCCAAGCCUGAGUCUUGGCUUGGGUCUGACGCACAGCCACAGCGGAGGUUCCCUGGCAAUGCCCAGCAGUAAUGACGACCAUCACUCACACACACUCCAGAUCCCGUCGUCGCCCAACUCUGUAUUCAAAGAACCAUUGCCUCUACCACACUCCCCGCGCGGCUCCGCCUCUUCGCAGUCUCCACGAUCAUCACCAUCAUCCUCGCCGCAGUCAAGGUCGCAGAUUAUGCAUCAUCAUCAGCAACAUCAACAACAGUAUCAACAUCAACAUCAACAACCACAGUUACAUCGCGACAAGCCAAGCAAACACUCGGACGACGAGGACAAGAUGGACGACGAUGUCAUCAAUAUACUAUCACCGACCUCUCCGACGAGGCCACGAUCAGGCGUGUCUUCGCCAUCACCCUCACCCUACAAGAAUCCAAGGACACCGACAUCAGCCGCAGCCGAGCAACACCAGGGCUUUUGCCAUGCCCACACCCAUUCGCAAGAGUCCCGCACCCAGCACACCGCCACCCAGCAUACAACGGCGCGGAGGUAUUGGCAGUCGCGGGUCGUUGGGCAGCGGCAGCGGUAG